UGUAGUUUAGUUUAGGGAAGUGUUUCGUUUUUCACAGCCGGAGGAGGGGCAGGCACUGGGCGUCAUUCACUCUUAUAGCCGCCCCUGGCCCCCACACGGUAACAGCUGACUAAGGUCCGGCCGAGCCGCGCUCUCUACGUCAAGACGCAAGAGGAUUUAAAAGGCAAGCCUGUGCAGCUCCAGCUGGAAACUUUCCAGCCCCGAGACCAGCGUGUCAGCAUCCCCCCCUCACCGCGCCGCUGCAGCUUCCAGCCAUGUCCAGCGGCGGCAACAACAACAACAACACCAAGGCGGCGGCGGCGCGCGUCGACGCGGCCAGGAGAGUCGCGAUCUUCGGAGGGACGCACGGGAACGAGAUGUCCGGCGUGACACUUGUCAACCUGUGGGUGCAGAACGGCGCCGAGAUCCAGAGGAAGGGGGUGGAGAUCAAGCCCUUCAUCGCGAACCCGAAGGCUGUGGAGAAGUGCGUUAGAUACGUGGACACGGACCUGAACCGAGCCUUCACGCAGGAGAACCUCAGUGUGACAGGAGACGAUGAGCUGCCCUACGAGGUGCAGAGGGCCCAGGAGAUCAACAGGAUGUUCGGACCCAAAGGAAGCGCCGGAGCCUACGACGUCAUCUUCGACCUCCACAACACUACGUCCAACAUGGGCUGCACGCUGAUCUUGGAAAGCUCCAAAGACGCCUUCAACCUGCAGAUGAUGAAUUACAUAAAGAAAGCCUUCGCUCCUGCUAGUUGUCUUGUUCUGCUGAAUGAACACCCUCUGCUGAAAUACUCCACCUCUCGCUCCGUGGCCAAGCACCCUGUUGGUCUGGAAGUGGGUCCUCAGCCUCAAGGAGUUCUAAGAAGUAACAUCUUCGAAGCUAUGAGGGUCAUCCUGAAACACGCCCUGGACUUCAUUGAGCUCUUUAACGAAGGAAUGGAGUUCCCUGCAUGUACGGUGGAGGUCUUCCGGGUCUUGGAAAGGAUGGACUACCCCAGAGACGCCAAUGGGAACAUCAUUGCCAUGGUCCACCCCAACCUGCAGGACUGUGACUGGGAGCCGCUGAACCCCGGUGACCCAAUGUUCCAAACGUUCGACGGAAAGUCCAUCCACUACCAAGGCUCCAGCACCGUCUAUCCCACUUUUAUUAAUGAGGCCGCCUACUAUGAGAAACAACAGGCGUUUGUGACCACCAGGCGAGAAACCUUGGUGGCGAGUGCCGUCAGGAAAGCGUGAAUUGUGCUCCCGGAAAGGCAAAGGGAGAAAAACAAAACAGAAAUGUUUGUAGAUUUUGCACGGAUUGCAAAUGACACACUCGGUGCAAAGUGACAUUCUGGUUUAGUUUUUAUCAUUUUAGUGUCAGAAAAAAUCAACUAACUAUGCAACAAAUCACCUAUUAAGCUAAGUAUUUAUGAUACUGAAACUUUAAAACCAUUUAUUUACAUUAAAUGAACUGAACCUUUCUUAUAGUUUUAAAGACCAGGCCUAAUUCCUGUUGGCUUGUUAGACAUUCCAAACACCCUCGUUAAGUUUCCUACUGCUGCUCAGGAAGGCCAUGGAAGAUCAAAACCUACAACCUCUGACCCAGAACUGUUGUCGUCUUCUGCUGGAAACGUGUUGGCAACAUCUGUCGGGGUGUGCUGUGUGGCCUUUGAUUCUACCUACCUUUAACUCCAGUGGUUGCAUCUGCGGUGCUGUCCUGUUGUUGCCUUAUCCAGGGGAGGGGGGUUUCAGAGAAACCCGCAAAGAAAACUUAGAGAAGACUUCUUGUAAAAUAUCUCUAUCCGCAAAAUGUUAUUUUGACGAGAGACGGUACGUGUUCUCUUCCUUCACGCUCCAUCGAUAGUGUGGGACAUAUUUUGUAAUUAUAUCAAUUCGUAUUUUUUCGAUACGUCUAUUUAUGUAUGUUUGAUUUGAAGAGUCGUGUAGAACCUGUCCAGUCAUGGUACUGUCGUUUUUAAUGUCUCGUGUCUCUUUUGUGUAACAACGUCGUCCUAAUGUAAGUCAUUUUUCAAUCAGCAAUAUUUCUAUGUGCACAAUUUAUAUUAAUCAGUAAAGUACUGUGAAGAUUGCCAUUUCAAUAAAUGUAGUACAUUCGGGUGUAA